AUGAAGGCUAAAAUAAACUUUGCUUUGAUUUGCUUUUUUGCUUAUCUUAAUGGCAUUCUUGCAACAGAUAAUACAACUGUAUCUAUUUUUGAAAGUGAGGAGGAUAAUAGUGAUACACGAAACUUUAUGCUAAAAUUGAUGAACAAUAAACAAAGGAUACUUAACAUGAUCAUUAUUGCACUCAUUUUGGGUAUUUUGGUUAUAUUCGCGGUUAUGAUCCUUGUAAUUUUAUGGUAUUCUGAACAUUUAGUUCCUUUUUCAAUAUUUAUAGUAGCCUUUCUUUUGUUUUGUUUUGCUUUAUCUUUAGCAAUGUAUACAAUUGUAACUAUAAAAAACUCUAUGUUUUUAAAUAAGUUACUUGAACAAUAUUUCAUUUAA